GAGUGAUUCAAAAUAAAUUACAUAAUAAGAACGUCUUUAAUCAUAUAAAAGAGGUAUAAAAGCGGUUUCAAGUUUAAGAGUACCAUCAAACCGUGGUUUGCAUACGGACAUGUACGUCGCAGCGUUUAUACCAUUCUUUUUAGCCGUGCAACUCUCCGAGGAUGGUGCAUGGCUGUAUGGACCCGAGUAUGUCUUUACCGUUCACAUGAACUUGACGGAGAUACCGCAGUGUCCUCCUCAUGUUCGAGCGUGCGGCGAUGCGGCCGGCUAUCGUAUCACCUCUCGAUUGCAUUGCAUUCCGAAGAUGAAGAAGAAUAUCCUGAGUUGCAGCCUCAAGUUUGUUGACGGUUUCGAAUUUGAUAUGAUUGGCAAGAAGAAAGAUGUCGUGAAUCGACGGAGAAACAUCACCGAUGCACCCAUCGAACUGUUCUUUAACGAAAAAGGCAUCGCAAACAUCGUCACAGGCCAGCCGGCACGGGUCUAUGACCUCAAUAUUCUGAAGACGGUGGUCGAGCAGCUGAAUCCCGGCGACAGUUUCAAUAACGUCGGAGACGGUACGUUCGUGGGUGUAGCUGAAUCCACUAUAGGAAGAUGCAAUGUCACUUUCGACGUGAAUCAUCGUUCCGGGGCCGGGGCUGAAAACGAAGAGAAGAGAUUUCAUCACGACUUCCGAUUGAAGCUAGUAUCGCCGAAAUUGCAUAUGACUUCCACCGAGAUUCUCGUCAUCGACAAACUGACGAAUCUCAACGAUUGCAGUUGUUACGCAGACGCUUACUUUCGUAAAUACGGUGAUAUGAUUGUCGAUGAAGAUUUGCAAGCGGAUUUGGAAUCUAUGAUUAGUCACAUGGAAAUUAGUGAGACGAGUUUUAGUUCAUCUACAACAAGGAAGGGUACGACGGUUUUAAAUCACAAGAUCUACAACAUAAUCGAAAAUACAAAAAUAAUUUUGGAAGACAUUCGGCCCGCCUCGAAAGAUUUGCCCGCGAUCGUGAAACCAGGCGAGACUAAAAUAAUUGCUAAUGAUGAUAUAAAAAAUAUUACUAUUAAUUACUAAUAAUAAUUUUUAAAAAUGUUAAUGUUAUAAAUACAACUUAGUUAAUUCUAAAAAAGAAUCUUGCAAAAAAUGUAUAAAAAUCUAUAAAAGUUUAUAGAAAAUAGAAUCAUUACAUAGAAUCUACUAUACGUGUAGUAUUUGUAUAAAAAUAAUCAGUGAAAAAUGUAAAAAGUAAAGCUAAAAAUUUGUUAUAUACAAUAUGUAUGCCAUAGAAACAAUACAUGAAUAGCUAAAAAAAGA